GACAGACCAAACAUAUAAGAAGGAAACCAGAGAUCUGGUGCUAUUACGUCCUGGCGUCUGAGAGAACGAGUAAGCACAGAAUUCAAAGCAUUCUGCAGCCUGAAUUUUUAAGGAGUGUGUUAGGCAAGCUGAUUUAUGAUAACUGCUUUAAAGUUCAACAACCAAAAGCAUAAGAACUAGGAGCUGCUGACAUUUCAAUAUGAAGGGCAACUCCACCCUUGCCACUACUAGCAAAAACAUUACCAGCGGUCUUCACUUCGGGCUUGUGAACAUCUCUGGCAACAAUGAGUCUACCUUGAACUGUUCACAGAAACCAUCAGAUAAGCAUUUAGAGGCAAUUCCUAUUCUUUACUACGUUAUAUUUGUAAUUGGAUUUCUGGUCAAUAUUGUCGUGGUUACACUGUUUUGUUGUCAAAAGGGUCCUAAAAAGGUUUCUAGCAUAUACAUCUUCAACCUUGCUGUGGCUGAUUUACUCCUUUUGGCUACUCUUCCUCUAUGGGCAACCUAUUAUUCUUAUAGAUAUGACUGGCUCUUUGGACCUGUGAUGUGCAAAGUUUUUGGUUCUUUUCUUACCCUGAACAUGUUUGCAAGCAUUUUUUUUAUCACCUGUAUGAGUGUUGAUAGGUACCAAUCCGUCAUCUACCCCUUUCUGUCUCAAAGAAGAAAUCCUUGGCAAGCAUCUUAUAUCGUUCCCCUUGUUUGGUGUAUGGCCUGUUUGUCCUCAUUGCCAACAUUUUAUUUUCGAGAUGUCAGAACCAUUGAAUACUUAGGAGUGAAUGCUUGCAUUAUGGCUUUCCCACCUGAGAAAUAUGCUCAAUGGUCAGCUGGGAUUGCCUUAAUGAAAAAUAUCCUUGGUUUUAUUAUCCCUUUAAUAUUCAUAGCAACAUGCUAUUUUGGAAUUAGAAAACACUUACUGAAGACGAAUAGCUAUGGGAAGAACAGGAUAACCCGUGACCAAGUCCUGAAGAUGGCAGCUGCUGUUGUUCUGGCCUUCAUCAUUUGCUGGCUUCCCUUCCAUGUUCUGACCUUCCUGGAUGCUCUGGCCUGGAUGGGUGUCAUUAAUAGCUGUGAAGUUAUAGCAGUCAUUGACCUGGCACUUCCUUUUGCCAUCCUCCUGGGAUUCACCAACAGCUGCGUUAAUCCGUUUCUCUAUUGUUUUGUUGGAAACCGGUUCCAACAGAAGCUCCGCAGCGUGUUUAGGGUUCCAAUUACUUGGCUCCAAGGGAAAAGAGAGAGUAUGUCUUGCCGGAAAAGCAGUUCUCUUAGAGAAAUGGAGACCUUUGUGUCUUAAACCUGAGAGCAAAAUGCAUGUAAUCAACAUGGCUACUUGCUUUGAGGCUCACCAGAAUUAUUUUUAAGUGGUUUUAAUAAAAUAAUAAAUUUUCCCCUAAUCUAAUCUUUUCUGAAUCUUCUGAAACCAAAUGUAACUAUGUUUUAUCGUCCAGUGACUUUCAGGAAUUGCCCAUUGUUUUUCUGAUAUGUUUGUACAAGAUUGUCAUUGGUGAGACAUAUUUACAACCUAGAAGUAACUGGUGAUAGAUCUCAAAUUGUAAUCAAUAAUAGAUUGUGAAUAAUGAUUUGGGGAUUCAGAUUUUUCUUUGAAACAUGCUUGUGUUUCUUAGUGGGGUUUUACAUCCAUUUUUAUCAGGAUUUCCUCUUGAACCAGAACCAGUCUUUCAACUCAUUGCAUCAUUUACAAGACAACAUUGUAAGAGAGAUGAGCACUUCUAAGUUGAGUAUAUUAGAAUAGAUUAGUACUGGAUUAUUCAGGCUUUAGGCAUAUGCUUCUUUUAAAAAGCUAUAAAUUAUAUUCCUCUUGUAUUUCACUUGAGUGGAGGUUUAUAGUUAAUCUAUAACUACAUAUUGAAUAGGGCUAGGAAUAUAGAUUAAAUCAUACUCCUACGUUUUAGCUUAUUUUUACAGUUAUAGAAAGCAAAAUGUACUGUAACAUAGAAUUGCAAUCUAUAAUAUUUGUGUGUUCACUAAACUCUGAAUAAGCACUUUUAAAAAAAACUUUCUAUUCAUUUUAAUGAUUGUUUAAAGGUUUCUAUUUUCUCUGAUACUUUUUUGAAAUCAAUAAACACUGUGUAUUGUUGUAAAAUGUAAAGGUCACUUUUUACAUCCUUGACUUUUUAGAUGUGGUGCUUUGAUAUAUAGGACAUCAAUUUGAUUUUUAUUAUUAAUGCUUUGGUUCUGGGUUGUUUCCUAAAAUAUCUGGGUGGCUUAAAAAAAAAAACUCUUUAACUUGUAAUAAACCCUUAACUGACAUAGGAAAUGGUAUCCAGAAUGGAAUUUUGCUACAUGGGAUCUGAGUGGGGGCAAAGAGACCCAGUCAAUUACAUGUUUGGUACCAAGAAAGGAACCUGUCAGGGCAGUACAAUAUGACUUUGAAAAUAUAUACCAUGGGGGUAGUUUUACCCUAUAUCUAUAAACACUGUUUGUUCCAGAAUCUGUAUGAUUCUAUGGAGCUAUUUUAAACCAACUGCAGGUCUAGAUACCUCCUUCUCAGCACUACUAAAGCUCCUAAGUUAGAGGAGUGCCUAAAACUGAGUUACCUAAAGUUUACUUACAUUAAAAUAUGAAUAUUAAUUUUAGAAAUUUGAGACUUCAUUCUGUACCAGCCCUGUAUAAUAACAGGUUAUCUAGGACCUUCCUCUGAGGUAGGUCUAAAUACUGAUCUCUGAGGCAGAACUAACGUUUUGGGGGCUCAGCAUCUCUGCCAGGUUCCAGGAUUAUAGACAAAAGAAUCCUGUCAUACCACUUUCUGGAAAAGUCCUAAUUUCAUGUAAUCCUUUUAUUUUCAAUAAAAACAAAUAGCUAAAUAUAUAACCAAUUAUGAUGUUAUGUUUUAAAUAAUUUUGUAAAACAUCUCAUAUAAAUAAAAUUUUUAAUUGGAAGAACA